GGAUUUCAUUCCAUGUCAUAUUGACUGUUGUCCUCUCUGUCUCUGUUCUUCGCCGUGAAGUCAAAAGAAACGAAAAUGGCAGCAACAAUGACGAUUCAUAUGUCUCUACUGUUCACAAUUCUGGCAGUUAUCUCUUCGUUAUUGGCGGUGGAAUCAGGUGAUACGAACCACAUCUACUGGCCGUGCAGUGACACCACCGUACAGCGGUCGGAUGGGUUCACUUUUGCCAUCGCUUUCGCGUCGAGGACUGCCUUCUUCUUCAACAAUAAUAACAGCCUUCAGUUAUCUCCUUGCGAUUCCAGGCUCGCUCUUUCUAACCAGGGUUCUCAGAUCUCUGUUUUUAGACCUAAAGUCGACGAGAUCUCUCUCCUCACCAUUAAUACCUCCUCCUUCUCUCCGGACAAUUAUGGUGGAUACAUGGUUGCAUUUGCUGGUAGAAAAUACGCUGCAAGAUCUCUUCCUGCUUUUGUUGCAAACAGCACAUAUACUGUAACCAGCUUCACUCUGGUACUUGAGUUUAAGAAGGGCAGGCUGCAAAACCUUUACUGGAAGAGGGAUGGAUGUGCUAAAUGCACAGGAAACAAUAAUUUUGUUUGUCUUAACAAUCAGGACUGUGCAAUUAGAACGUCUAACUGCAAAAACCAUGGUGGUUCAGUAGACUGCAGCCUCGGUAUCCAGUUGGCAUUCUCUGGCACGGAUAAGCACUUUGCAGUUCUCAACUCAUGGUAUGAAGUGGAAAACCUGAGGCAGUACUCACUUUUUGGUCUUUACGCAAAUCUCAGGGAUUCUCUCACUAGCCAGUACAGUAAGAUAUUCUAGUUAUGCUUCAGCUGAUUUGUAGAAGGUUUGUUUCUGAUUUACGCAAAUCUCAGGGAUUCUCUCACUAGCCAGUACAAUAAGAUAUUCUAGUUAUGCUUCAGCUGAUUUGUAGAAGGUUUGUUUCUGAUAUGCUGUAAUUUCCCCCUCCCUGAUUUCAAAGUUGUUUAGGCCUCUGCUCUUUUCUGAUGGACGACAUUUCAUUCCUUUGCUGGUAUUAUGUGUAAAUUUAGGAAUACAAUUGAUUAUUUGUGAUUAUGUAUGGAAAGAGAUUUAUAAUGUUGAAAUAUUUCUUCAUGAUGUUAA